UCCAAGUUUUCAAAGAUUCAGUUAAUUUCACAAUGACAGAAAGAGAUGGUGGCACCUUUUCUGUCUCAUUUGGUGACAAUAGGCCUUACAAUGUCAUCACACUGAAGAUUUGGGAUUGUACUGACUGGAUCAGGAGGCAUUACGGGGAUACGUACCACUGUGAUGUUCCUAGACAGGCUGAAUUCCUGGAGUUCACACAAGUUCACAGUCUGGACCAGCCGAAGGUCUGGUGGAAUCGCACGGACCCUCAGACCAAUAAGGGAGGCAGAGGACAGGUGAAGGGUAAUGUCUGGAAGAUUAUGAACCUCACUCAAGCAGACAACGGCUUCUACAGCUUCAGAGGAAAAGACACAAUACUGUCUACCAUACAGCUCAUAGUAAAAGAGUACAGUAGAUACUAUAAGCCAAAGGAGAAUAAGCGACUCCUCAUGCAGUAUCCUGCGGACUUUGCCUUGUGGAAUGUGACUUUUAUGCCUAAGGAGGAAAUGGGACCCCAAACAGUGAUGACAGCAGGCAAUCUGGUCACAGAAGAUGACACAAGUGUAAAGCCAUGGCAUUUUUCAGGGAGGAUUCGGGUCGUACCUGAUGGCAUAGAGAUUAAUCCCAUUACAGGCACAGAUUCUGGUACCUUUGAGUUCAGAGACCCGCAAGGCAACCUGGCCCAGACUGUGAAGGUGGUUGUAAAGCAGGAAUCUACUUUUUCAAAUGUUUUUACUGGUACUAUUUUCGGGGUAGUCUUAGCUGUGAGUGCCUGCUGUUACUGCUUGAAGAAGUGCUGUUGUUGCUGUAAACGGAGCUCUAAAAGAGCCCAGACGGUGGCAGCACCUGCUGUGUAUUCCCAUGGUGAGAAUCAACCUGCAGACUCAAGCUGCUCUGCUGCAGAUUACUCUGAUCAGCCAAUGGAUCUUCUUAAUUCUGGAGAACCUGAAAUUAACUCCCUUGGUACCUUGGUGUACAACAUAGUGAAUAUCUACGAGAACCCCCCACAGCCUGAGGUUGCACCUCUAGGAGGGCAGGGAGCCACUCCAACUCUUUCAAUCGGCUUUGAUUGUCUCUCCUCUGACCCUGAUCCAGAGUUUGAGCUGAAAGGACUGAUCUUUUCCUCUGCACCUCUCAGUUCAGAUACAACUUUCUGUGACGUUUAUACCUCAGAGAAACUCAACUUUCUGAAAGGAGUAGAUUGAACAUUCAAGCAAGUGAGUAGAAUUCAGCAUUGUGCUUUGUGACAAGCUGGAACGCAGUCCUUGACUGGACUGUGUGUUAUAUGCACAUUAAACAUGAAGUUCUCGCAAAUCUGCAAAUUUCUGGUGAUCAGUGCACGGGAUAAAUACCAUGGAGCCUGUAGAAACAAUACGUCAUUCACACUAUGUUGACACAUGACCAGACUUAUCAUAAGUGUGGGAUAUCCUCUUUCUGUCAAUAUAAUUACGCACACAAAUGCCGUAUGAUCAUAGAAGUUUGAGGCUAAUAAUAUAUUAAUAGUUUCUUUUCAGUCAAGUCUUGAUAACUUGUGUAUUGUUUGUAGUUGAAAGCGAAUCAGUGGAGGUUAGGACUUAUACCAAGACAAAUCAAUUUAAGUCUUUUCCCACAAAUGCUUAAGGUAUUGAGGUCAUUUUUUUAAAUGCAGGUUUUUCUCAGGUAAUUAAGAAUAAAGCUCACUUUGUAGCUGUA